GGCAUGAAGACUUGGGUGCGCGAGGCGUCGAAGCGGGCUCGGCAGCCACACUUCGGGCCUACACUAGAAUAUGGGGUGAAUAAGGCACUGCUUGAUUCUGCCUUGCAGUCGGCAUUUGUGCAGCUGGACUGCGAUGACGAGACUCAAGCGUUCCUCGAUACUUGCACGGGUGGAAGUGUGUGGCAGUCCCUUGGCUCCACCGUUCUCGGGCUCUUCUACUCCCUGACCGACGCGAACGGAAUUCUUGGGCGUGGCCAGAUGUUCGUGCUUUCACAGGCUCAAGUGCAGAGGCUCCUUCACCCCUUGGGUGGAGGCGGCGGCUCUCUGCUUGAUAUUGGAGCUGGUGACGGAAAUGUGACCGCGUCGCUGGCCUCGCUCGUGACCCAAGUGACCACUACAGAGGCUUCUGCGCCCAUGGUGGCCACCCUGAACGCGCGAGGUUACAACAGCGUGCAAACCUGCGACUUGCAGCACGAAUUCGUGCAGUCGCGGAAGCCUUACAAUAUUAUCAGCAUGCUAAACGUGCUGGACCGCGCUGAUAAGCCGCUCACGAUGCUUCGCGAGAUACGGGAGAUGCUGGACCCGCAAAACGGUCUCUUCCUGCUGGCUGUGGUGCUGCCGUUUUCGGCUUUUGUUGAGCAGGGAACGCAACGUGUGGCGCCAACCGAAAUGCUGCCGAUGCGAGGCGGCCUCUGUGCCGAGGGCGCAUCCUUUGAAAUUGCGGCCAGUUUGCUGCUACGGAACGUGCUGCUUCCAGCAGGUUUCAAGCUUCGGCACUUUUGUCGUGUGCCCUAUCUGUGUCGUGGGGAUAUGCAGCAGCCUUACUAUGUGCUGUCGGACGCGAUCUUCGUGCUGGAGGUGGGCGCUAAAGAGUCAAGCUGAAGUGAUUAUCUGCUGAUAAUACAGAGCAAUCCGCCUGCUUUUCAGUAAACCGAGCGAGCAAACGCCGACAACACUCCACAAACGCCAGAGAGACGACAGCUUUAUCGAGCCACUCUGACGGUGCUGAAAUUAUAGCGCUGCGCCGUGGCUUGGAGAAGCCGAGCUGAACGGCGAACUGGCCUUGGCUU